AUGGUCCAGAGUGAACCACAAAGACUGCAAAGGCAGCACGAAGAGACCACCACGAGGGACGCUAGAAUCAGACUAGAUAUGAAGAAAAUGUUCAUGGAUGAUGAGUUUUUCUUUCCCGAGCAGAGAAUGGUAAUGGGCUCUAACCAGGCCGUCGCGGUUUCGGGUGGGUUUGGUACGAUUCUCAAGGGAGGUUCCAGUGUGGCCCGUGGAGGAGAUGGUGGCAUGGCUUCGGGAAGACUUACGGAGCAGCAGUAUUACCAGAGUCAGCUCGUAGCAGCUGUUCAACAGCAACAGCAACAGCAACAGCAACAACAACAGCAACAGCAACAGCAACAACAACUACAGCGGCAGCAGCAACAGCAGCAGUCGAAACACUCCCAUAACCCGUAUUUGAAUAACUCAACCUUUCACGCGCAACAGCAACGUGACGGGCUUUCUUUGAAGGGCAUGCGGAACUGGUGA